AUGGCUGCUGGUGUGUUAAUCAUAGUAGGGUUAUGUGUUGGUGUAUGUAUUGUUGUCCCGAUAUCAUCGGAAGAUCCAUUAUGUGGGAUGAAGCUACGAAUAACGACUGCUGGUCUAAAUUACGCCAAUAAGGUUUUAAUUGACAACUUGAAAAAGAAGACGGAGGAGAAUAAAAUUGAUGACCUGAUUCAUAAUGCCCAUCAUCUAAGUUUUCAAUUAACAGGUAUUCAUGUGUUGAGAUUAUCUGUACCGUCAAGUUCUGUGACCUUGAUGAAAGAUGAAGGACUCCAAUGGAGUGCUCGAGAUGUUGAAAUAUCAGUUAGCGCCGACUAUCAUUAUGAAUACGAAAAAAAAAUCUUAAUCCCGAUCAAGAUCAGUGGUCACGGAAGUGUCGAUAUAACGGUGAGAGGAGCAUCGUUCGCUGUACAGAUAGGAAUGGGAGUUGACAAAACAAACAGACCAAGCAUCCAUACGACCUCUGUUUACUGCCAUAUUGAUGAUGUGAAAGCUCAUUUUUCUGGUGGAUUAGACGCAAUGAUUCUCAAUCUCGUGAUCGGACUCGUACAGGAUUAUUUGAAGAAUGUUUUAAAGGAUAACCUUUGUGAUUUACUCGAUAAAUCGGUCAACCAUGACACAGAAAAGUCAAUGCAGCGUUUAAAGAUCAGUUCCCAUAUUGGAAAGCAUUUCGUUUUGGACUAUGGUCUGUUAAUAGCUCCAGUAUUUCAUACAGACUCCGUGGAAACCUUUCAUAAGGGUAUUAUCUACGUGAUGAAUAAAAAUGAAACCGUGCCGUUCCACCCGAGUCCUUUUCCCCCAAUCACUACCAACAACAAAAUGCUGUAUGCGUGGAUUUCUGGGUACAUGUUCAAUUCUCUGACGUACCAUGCUCAAAUGCAAGGCAUGCUGAAGAGAACUCUCACGAACAAUGACUUUGGAGAAAAUGCAUUCCUGAAUAUUUCAUGCAAGUUUGGAGCAAUGUGCAUUGGGAAAUUUUUACCCCAGUUGCGAGAACAUUUCCCAAAUCAAUAUGUGGAAAUAGAGAUGGUAUCUACAAAAGCUCCAGAUAUCGCCUUAAUUAAUGGAGAACUUCAUCUUAUAAUGAAUGGAAAAAUGACUUUGUAUGUGAGACCAACUUCCACGACAGAACGACAUUAUCUCUUCACAAUGGAUGUGGACUUGAUGUCUGCAAUUAAAGUCAGCUAUGCUGCUGGUUAUCUGCAUUCCAAGCUUGGGGAAAUGAGUUUCAGUGUCUGCAUAUGGAACUCCACAGUGCAUCCACUUUAUGAGCGCGCUCUCAACUUCAUCAUGCAAAACGUAGUUAAACAAUACAUUCAACCUGUGUUAGAGGGUCAAGGAGCAAAAGGAUUACCUCUGAUUAUAACAGAUGACGUCAGACUGGUUAACACCGAUAUUCAACUGACACAGGACGCAAUCAUGAUAGAAACAGAUGUAGAAAUCGUUGAAGUCUGACUCCAUUUUCCAAAUG